UCUUUCUACCUUCGGUACACCAAACAAAGCAGGGCCAUCGACGAACAAAAUCAAAGCUUUGAAAUCAAAAAGCAAUGGCCACAUUCGAACAAGCGCCGCCUGGAGACUCGAAAGCCGGGGAGAAGAUCUUCAAGACCAAGUGCGCUCAGUGCCACACCGUCGAUAAAGGCGCUGGUCACAAGCAAGGACCAAAUUUGAACGGGCUUUUCGGGAGGCAGUCCGGCACAACUCCGGGAUACUCCUACUCUGCUGCUAACAAAAAUAUGGCUGUGAUUUGGGAAGAAAAGACAUUAUAUGACUACUUGCUUAAUCCUAAGAAGUAUAUUCCCGGGACGAAGAUGGUUUUCCCUGGAUUGAAGAAGCCUCAGGAUCGUGCCGGCCUCAUUGCGUAUCUGAAGGAGUCGACUGCCUGAUUAAUCUCCGAUUUGUUAGUAUAGUCUAUUUCGGAACUGAAACGAAAUGAAGAAUUUUGAGCAAUGAUGUAUUUUUCUUACAGGAAAAACAAAAAAGUAAGGCAUCUUAAAAUAAAGAAAACGUUAGCAACA